UUUCACUUUUUCACUCUGCAAGGUCCUACGAGGUGCGUCGUCCGCUUUCAUGGUGGUGAAGAUGAGCUGGAAUAUGACUCGUCGUGUGGCAGUGAUUGGAGGAGGUAGUUCGGGUCUGGCCUGUAUCAAGUGCUGUCUGGAUGAGGGGCUGGAGCCUGUCUGCUUCGAAAGCAGCGAUGACAUUGGUGGCCUGUGGAGGUUUAAGGAGAAUCCAGAGCCAGACAGGGCCAGCAUCUACCACUCUGUCAUCAUCAACACCUCCAAGGAGAUGAUGUGUUACAGUGAUUUUCCCAUUCCUGCACACUUCCCCAACUACAUGCACAACUCCCUCAUCAUGGACUACUUUCGAAUGUAUGCUGACAGCUUCCAGCUCACCAAGCACAUACGCUUCAAUACCAAAGUCUUGCAGGUGAAGCAGAGAUCAGAUUUUUCUCGUUCAGGCCAGUGGGAUGUUGAGACUGAGGACAAGGAUGGCAAAAAAAAGAAACACAUUUUUGAUGCUGUGAUGAUCUGUAUUGGACAUCACUGCCACCCAAACAUGCCACUACAUGACUUCCCAGGCAUUGACACUUUCAAGGGAAAGUAUUUCCACAGCCGAGACUACAAGACUCCUGAGGAGUGGAGGAAUAAAAAGGCUGUAGUGAUUGGAAUAGGAAACUCUGGGGGAGACAUCGCAGUGGAGCUGAGCAGAGUCACCAAGCAGGUAUAUCUAAGCACUCGAAGGGGAGCCUGGAUCCUAAAUCGAGUUUCAAGCAACGGUCUUCCUGUAGAUAUGCUCAACGACAGAGCGUUUGUGACUAUUGUGCGCAGAAUGCUUCCCUUUGGAUUAGUCUGCAGCAUGGCAGAAAAGCGCAUCAACCAAAGAUUUGAUCACAGUCUGUACAACUUGAAGCCGAAGCACAGGUUGUUCACUGCUGGUGUGGGCUUGGCUGUCUACAUUAACAGGAACAACCUUCCAGUUUUCUUACAAGAUCCCACUGCACUGUUGGACAAGAUAAAAGUGUACCUGCCUGCUUAG